AUGAGGCUAGUCGCUCUGGGGCGUCUUGUGCCGAAGGCCGAGGGUUUGCUUCGGACCACGCUCCGAAGUGCCGUGGUGUCCAGGGCACAAGAGCUGCACAGGCAUCGGAAGCGCUUGGACGGCUUUGGCAAAGAUGCUCCGCGCGGGGAUGCCAAGACCCUGGGCGCCUGCCGGGAGCUCUUGAAGGACGAGGAUUGGUUCGCCAGAAAGACGGCCGUGGACACACUUAAACAGGUGGCAGGCCGUGGAGAGGAAAACCACCUGGCACUGCUCUACAAGCAUCUCGAGGACGAGGACAUCUUCGUGCGGGAGGCUGCUGUGGAUGCCGUCGCUGAGGUGGCAGAGCCAGAGGAUGUGGUGGCUGUGUCCAAAGUGUCCUUACGCUUGGCUGACGAGGACUGCUUCGUGCGGGCGAGGGCUGUGGUGGCCCUUGGCCGCUUAGGUCACAAGGGCGAUGCCCGGACUUUGGCGCUCCUCGAAGACAUGUUCGAGGACGGCUUCGUGCCGGUGCGCAAACGCGCCUUGGAGGCUGUGGAGGCCUUGGCGCCUGUCAGUGAAAGCCUUCUCAACCGCCUCAGGGUGGUGGCCCGUGAGGAUGCCGAUCGCGGCGUUCGUGAGGCUGCAAAGGAGACCCUGUCCAGGUUGGGCUAG